AUGAUGCUAACCCACGAUCCGUCAGGCUUCGAAACUGUCAUCGAUUGCCUCCCUUUCAUUUCCAUAUACGGUUUCCUCGAGUCCCCCGACGUUCUACAACUCCUUCUGUGCAACUCGAGGUUCUUCUCCUGGGUCCAUCACGACGGAGCUCUUGUACUACCCAAUGUAACACUGAAUGGUCACCAACAGCUCUUGCAAGGACGCUUAGCCCUACCGCUAGUCGCUCGUGUCACCACCGUGUCACGGCUUCACAGUCUGCCAGCUCUCUUGACCGUCUUCAGAAACGGUGUCGGCCCCAAUGUAACCAGUCUCGCCCUAAACUCGCCGAGCACUAAGGAGCUGAAUCUCUCUGGUUUAGCCUACGUUGUCAACUGCUGUGCGUCUUUGGAGAAGCUGCGUUUGGUUGGUAUCAAGUUUGACGAGGAUUUCAAUCAGUUCCUAUGUAUACUACACCGACUAUCAAGUCUAAGAGAGCUGGUCAUCUCGGGCUGCGGGGCGACGAUCGAUGUGAAUAUCAUCUCGAGGAGGAUGCCCAACCUCAAGCGACUCGAGUUAGUCGGCAAUGCUCCUGUGGAGUCGCUCGCAGGGCUGGGAGCUCUCGAGGACUUGAAGUAUUUCAUCAAAGGAGCCGCUGUGAACAAGGAGUAUACAUGGCCUCUGCAGGAAGUCUUCCCACAUCUGAGGAGCCUCUCCCUUGACAGUUCCCGAUUCACCACACCACGUAUGCUGGAGACACUCGGAAUUAACGAUGUCUCCUUGUGGCCUGUCCAGUUGGAGGCUCUCGAACUGAAGUCGUCGUGUAUCAGUCUCGCCCAGGAAGACUUCGGGGCAUCUCUCGGUCGUCUAAUAUCCUCCCUACCUCGCUUGAAGAGUCUAUCGUUCAACUGUGCAUUCGUUUUCCCCGGUAAAGGCAACAUUGACUCGGCGGUGGAGACCUUGACUACUAUGCACACCGUCNNNNUCCUCCUAGUUUUGUCUGAGAAAUGA